AUGUCGCAACGAGUUUCUCAGAUCGCUGGCCACCUCAACGGUCCCGCUCCUCUCCUCAAGGGUCAGGUCGCUAUCAUCACUGGCGCCGGUCAAGGUAUCGGUGAAGCCACCGCCAAGCUCUUCGCCAGCCACGGUGCUCACGUCGUUGUCUCCGAUCUCGACGCCAAAAAGGCCAACGAUGUCGCCUCGCAGAUCACUAAAGUUGGCGGAUCUGCCAUCCCUCUCGCCGGCAACGUCAUGGACAAGGACUUCGGUGAGCGCGUAGUCAAAGCUGCCGUCGACAAGUGGGGCAAGCUCAACAUCAUCGUCAACAAUGCCGGUUUCACCGCCGACAAAAUGGCUCACACCACCGACGAUGCCACUUUCCAACUCAUGCUCGACUGCCACAUCACCGCCCCCUUCCGUAUCAUCCGUGCUGCUGCCCCUUACUUCCGCAUCAAGGACGAGAACAAGCGUGAAAAUAUGGCCAUCGUCAACGUCUCCUCUACUUCCGGAACUCACGGUAACGUCGGUCAGGUCAACUACUCUGCCGCAAAGGCCGGCGUGCUCGGUCUCACCAAGACCAUGUGCAAGGAGUGGGGUCCCUUUGGUGUUCGUGUCAACACGGUCGCUUUCGGUUGGAUCAACACUCGAUUGACCCAGGCUAAGGAAGCUGGUGCCUCCAUCGAGAUUGAUGGUAAGAAGAUCGCUCUUGGUAUUCCGGGUCGUCCUGCUGGUGGAAACUCGAAGGAGCAGUCGGUUACUGCUGUUGCUGAUAUCCCGCUGCGACGACCAGGUGAUGCUGAAGAGGCGGCUGCUUCGAUCUUGUUCCUUGCUAGUCCACUGGCUUCGUACAUCUCGGGUCAGACUUUGGAGGUUACUGGUGGCCGAGGUAUCUAA